CUCACACUGGCUCUUCUCUCUGUCCUGAUAGGUACCUAUCACACCAUUCUUUGGCGAAGGUUAUUCAGCAGUUGUGAUCUCUCCCAGUCGAACUCUCUACAAAUUAUUAUCUCUGGACUCCCAGCUGACACCCUGCCGGAGGCAAGAGCUACUAAGCCAACUGGAACUGUGCCUUUUCUCUUGUCAAGGUUUUUUUCUUACACAGGAAAAAGAAAGAAAAAAAAAAAAAGAUGAAGUUGGGCAAAGUGGAGUUCUGCCAUUUUCUGCAGCUAAUAGCUCUUUUCCUGUGUUUUUCCGGGAUGAGUCAAGCAGAGCUCCCAAGGUCCAGAUCAAAGCCCUAUUUCCAGUCGGGGAGGUCCCGGACCAAGCGCAGCUGGGUGUGGAAUCAGUUCUUUGUGCUGGAGGAGUACAUGGGAUCAGACCCCCUCUAUGUAGGCAAGCUUCACUCUGACGUCGAUAAGGGAGAUGGCUCCAUCAAAUACAUCUUGUCAGGCGAAGGGGCGAGCUCCAUCUUCAUCAUCGAUGAGAACACGGGGGACAUUCACGCUACCAAGAGGCUGGACCGCGAGGAGCAGGCCUACUACACGCUCCGAGCCCAGGCGCUGGACAGGCUCACCAACAAGCCCGUGGAGCCCGAGUCCGAGUUCGUCAUCAAGAUUCAGGAUAUCAAUGACAAUGAGCCCAGGUUCCUGGACGGCCCCUACACGGCCGGGGUCCCCGAAAUGUCCCCUGUGGGGACCUCAGUGGUACAAGUGACAGCAACGGAUGCUGAUGACCCCACGUAUGGCAACAGCGCGCGAGUGGUCUACAGCAUUCUGCAGGGACAGCCGUACUUCUCAGUGGAACCGAAGACAGGAGUCAUCAAGACCGCCCUUCCAAACAUGGAUAGAGAGGCUAAAGACCAGUAUUUGCUUGUUAUCCAGGCAAAGGAUAUGGUUGGUCAAAACGGAGGACUCUCUGGAACCACGUCAGUCACCGUGACCCUAACUGAUGUGAAUGAUAACCCGCCUCGCUUUCCUCGAAGGUCGUAUCAGUAUAAUGUUCCAGAAUCACUGCCAGUGGCCUCCAUUGUGGCCAGAAUUAAAGCUGCCGAUGCAGAUAUAGGAGCUAAUGCUGAGAUGGAAUACAAAAUUGUGGAUGGUGAUGGAUUAGGGGUUUUCAAGAUUUCUGUUGACAAAGAUACACAGGAAGGAAUCAUCACUAUACAGAAGGACUUGGAUUUUGAAGCCAAAACCAGUUACACGCUACGGAUAGAAGCUGCCAACAAAGACGCCGACCCUCGUUUUCUAAGCUUGGGACCGUUCAGCGACACGACCACCGUGAAGAUAAUCGUGGAAGACGUGGACGAGCCCCCCGUGUUUUCCUCACCCUUGUACCCCAUGGAGGUGUCGGAAGCCACCCAAGUGGGGAACAUCAUAGGCACCGUGGCCGCGCACGACCCGGAUGCUUCCAACAGCCCCGUGAGGUAUUCAAUUGACAGAAACACAGACUUGGAGAGAUACUUCAACAUUGAUGCCAACAGCGGAGUUAUCACAACCGCCAAAUCUUUGGAUCGAGAGACAAAUGCUGUUCAUAACAUCACAGUCCUCGCAAUGGAGAGCCAGAAUCCAUCUCAGGUAGGACGAGGCUACGUGGCCAUCACGAUCCUCGACAUCAAUGACAACGCCCCCGAGUUCGCCAUGGACUACGAGACCACGGUCUGUGAGAAUGCCCAGCCCGGCCAGGUUAUCCAGAAAAUCAGUGCUGUUGACAAAGACGAGCCAUCCAACGGGCACCAGUUUUAUUUCAGCUUAACAACCGACGCAACGAAUAACCACAACUUUUCACUGAAAGACAACAAAGACAACACAGCCUCAAUUCUCACCAGGAGAAAUGGCUUCCGGAGACAGGAGCAGUCUGUGUAUUACCUGCCAAUCUUCAUCGUGGACAGCGGAUCACCCUCCCUCAGCAGCACCAACACCCUUACCAUCCGUGUCUGCGACUGUGACGCCGACGGGGUAGCCCAGACCUGCAACGCCGAAGCGUACGUCCUCCCCGCUGGCCUCAGUACCGGAGCCUUGAUCGCAAUACUGGCCUGCGUCCUGACGCUGCUGGUGCUCGUCCUCCUGAUCGUCACGAUGCGAAGACGGAAAAAAGAGCCCCUCAUUUUCGACGAGGAACGAGAUAUCAGAGAAAACAUCGUCAGAUACGAUGAUGAGGGUGGGGGCGAGGAGGACACGGAGGCUUUUGACAUGGCCGCGCUCAGAAACCUCAACGUCAUCAGAGACACCAAGACCCGGAGGGACGUGACUCCAGAAAUUCAGUUCUUGAGUCGACCGACGUUUAAAAGCAUCCCAGAUAAUGUCAUCUUUCGGGAAUUUAUUUGGGAACGACUGAAAGAGGCUGAUGUCGACCCCUGCGCACCCCCCUAUGAUUCCUUGCAGACAUACGCGUUUGAAGGAAACGGCUCAGUGGCUGAAUCGCUCAGCUCCUUAGAUUCCAUCAGCUCAAACUCUGAUCAGAAUUACGACUACCUUAGUGACUGGGGGCCUCGUUUUAAACGACUCGCAGACAUGUAUGGGACCGGCCAGGAGAGUUUGUACUCAUAGCCCGGAACCUUCAUUGGAAAUGUACUGAAGAAAAAGUAAAAGCAAAAAAAAACAAAAACAAAAAAAACUACAACCCCAACACUACACACAGAAAAUAAGGACUCCACUUGCUAGAGAAAAUGGUUGUAAAUAUUUCCCCAUUUUUAACUGUUUAGGUUUCUGCCUUGGUGAAGCGUAUCUUCAUUAGAUUUAUCCAAGGGAAUGCACUGACCACAGCCUCUGAGCAUUUGAAGGCUUUUUGAUAAAAAGAAAUGCUCAGUGGUUUGUGAAUAGAUAGCAACUCUCAGAUACCUGCAAAGGCACCUAAGUUGUAUGAGUAAGGAGAGCCCUGUGUCGUCAGUGACCCCAGGAUGUCCUGUGCACACCUUCAUGGUACUGGCAGUAAGAGGAAGGAAAACAUGAUGUGCCCUUGAAAAGUCCUGGAACUUCCUGCAUAUCAAAACGUGGGAUAAAUUUAAUUUACAGUGAUGCUUUUAGCUUGCUAGAUUAUAGAAUCCAGCAGAAUUUAACUGCUGUUGGGUUAGCAAAUAUAUUUUAUUUAGCAAUAUAAAAGUUUUUAGGAAAUCCUCCCCAAUCCUCCAAUACAAGCCAGUAAAAUCUGGUUUAAGGCAACAUAAACCGUUGUUUAGCAAAUAAAUUCUGAAAUGUUCCAAAUACGAAAGAGGUCAAUCAUUCUUAACGUUUGCAGCCGUUUUGAGAUGCUUGUGUAGGUAUGAAAAAAAGUUGCUGUCUAUUCGUUGAUUUUUAUUAUCUCUUCUGAUUUGUACAGGAGAAUAUCUUUUCCUUUUUUUUUUUUUUUAUUUGACACAUGGUGUUCUAUUUAUUUUGGAGCUCCAGUCUCCACUAAAUUCAGGUCCCUCUUACUGCCUGAUGAUAUUACGCUCAUUAGACAUGCUGAUUUUUCUCCAGUCUGAGCUACACGAAGGAAAUGAAGCAUAGAAAUGGGAAGGAAAAAAAAAAAUAGUGGAGCGGUUGAGCCCUGUUGCUGCUCACAUCUCCAAGAGGAGCACCGCCCCAGGGGCGCAGAAGUUGUCUCUGCCAUUAGAACUCACAAAACACUGGAAUAAAAUAUUUGUAUUUUAGAAGGAAGAUUUCAGAGAAAAUUGAGAUUUUUCUUCGAUGCGAGAUUUAUUUUUCAGGGUCACAAGUUGUCUAUGCUCCAAAGACUUUGAAGAGUUUAUUGCCGUUCCCCCCCCACCCCACCCCCCGCGCCUCUUCUGUUACAAUAUUACGUAAAGGACUGAUUUUUUAAAAUAUAUCUUAAGCAACAUCAUGUCAUAAAUUUCAAAAUCCAUCUUUAAAUUCUGAUGGAAGUAUGUUCCUCAAGAAUGAAUCAAGCAAUGUAUAAUUUCCAUACCGGUUUAGAUGUGCCAAAGGUAAGGAGAGAAAUUUCAACUGAUCACAUGGGUUUAAGUUUGAGGAAAAGAAGAAUUUUAUGACUAAAAUAAUAUUUCUACCUAACAUUUUUUCCUAGAUGAAUACAAAUUUAAUGUGAAUAUAUUCAAGUCUAAGAAUGAAUUUAGUUUUUUUCUUUCUUUUCUCCUUUUUAAACAGAUUUAUUGUUGGGUUCCUAGUAAAUCUACAGAUCAUGGACACUGUACAGGAAAUUGUGCCCUGAAAGUACUUCUUUAUGAAAGACAAACACUAGAAGCAGAAUAUCAAUAUUUUGACUCCAUGAGGAGAAACUCUGUAGGAUUCUGUAAAAAUCGCAGCCCCCUCCCCCACUUUAGAAAUGAAGUAUGUGAAAUUGGCCUUCAGCUUCUAAAAAUAAGUAACUCCAUAAACCCAGUUACCUGCGCUAAGAGUCCUUUGGUUUGAGUAAAGUUUCACAGACCCUGUUUCAUGACUAGAUAGAGAUGCUUCUUGCCAUAUUAAUAUGCAUAUACAUGAAAAACCAAUUUUGUAACAGUAGAUCCUGUUCAUGACUUUUAGUCAUAUAUGAAAGUUUUUCAGAUUAAAAAAGGAAAGCAGAGUACGCUUACCCAGUUUUAAAAAAUCAGCGUGAGGUGCAGGAAUUACAUAGGGGUUAAAUCAGCAAGGUGCUGAGGAUAGUUUUGCCAUCAUCCAUCCCCUUGUCUGCAAGAAGAUAAAAUAGUACGUUGGGAUUAUGAUGUCAAAACUGCUGAUUGUUGCACAUGUCACUAAAUGGAAGUUUGAAUGUACUUUAGAAAAGGAACAUCUCAUCAGUCACCUUGCUUUCUCUCCUUUCAAAGUAUCUUUUUUUUUUAAUUCGUAUUUGCUAGUAAUAGAUUGGGAGGAAAGGCUCAUAUUUAAAUAAAGAUUUGAAAUUCUUGCAUAUACUCAAUUGCUAUUUUACGUGUGGAAGAUUAUAACAAUAUAGUAUGGAACUUGAUUCAAUGGUAUUUAAAAAAAAAAAAAUCUUGAGAUGGCUGGAAGAAAGUCCCUAAUCUUGAUGGGAUUUCUAUGAAGCACUCUAGCUAAUCUCAAUUGUAAAUGGUGGUGAAUUUGUUGUUAUUUUAAGUUUUCUUUUUUCUUCUGAAAUCUAAGGCUGUGUAUGUUUAUCUGACCUAAUACUUGAGAAAGAGGUCCUGUUGUAAAUCCAGAGACUGGAACGGUUCAUCAAUAAAAAUCAAUGUUAAAGCCAGCUGGGAGAUUCUCCAAAAGCAUUUAAAUAGAUACCUGUCAUCAAGUCACUAUAAUUCAGGGUGUGCUGGAACCAAAUCCCAGGAAGCAAUUAUGCACAUCUUUUCCCAUCUCUUCCAUUUUGAUAGUUCAGCCAUGGUGGUAAUUUUUAGACCACCGUGGAAAUCAGCACACACUACCUUUUUUUUCCCCACCCUGGAGAACCAGUUGUUAAAUGUUUACCAAUACUUCUCUGCUUAAAUUACUUUAUAAAAGGAAACCACAUGAUUGUAAAUACAGUGUGAAUGAAUAGGAUUAUCAAAUAAUGGCAUAAAAGGAAUUUAUGCUUUAUUGUACUACUAAAUACGGGUACGUGUGGUAGGGAUUUCCUGGUAUCAAAUCCUUGGAGCUACGGAUAGAAAGGAGAGGAGCCUUUGUUAUGGGAAGGAGUAGCUUAAUAAAUUCAAGUGCAGGCAUCCGUUCAGGAAGUCAAUAAAUUUUAAGUAUUUUCCAUUUGUCCACAUGGACAUUAGAAAUGCAUAUUUUGAACAAUUUAAAUUCUUACAUUUGCAUUUUAUUUGUUACUAUCUGUGUCAAGGAAAUAUGUGAACUGCUAUCCUUAAAUAAUUUUAAGCCAGCAUAACGAAUAUGAAAACUAAAUCUUAUCAAGGAAGUGGACUUUUGGAGAUCAAGCCUAAAUUAUGAUUCUGGAUACACAAUACAGUGUCUGCGUCAAAGCGUUAUUCCAAGGGCAGCUGCAGACUACAAUCAGAAAGGAGACAAGAAGAAAAGAUGCUCUGUGGAGACAUUGAGUAGAUCUUUCUACAGGCGAUAACUACAUGACCCUGACGGAGUUCUGCCUUUGACGGGAAGCUCUGCAGCCUUGAUGUGAGGCAGGCGGGAGUUGUGGGUGGGUGACUCCUGGACACAAGCACGAAGUACUAGUGUUGAGGUGAUGAUAGCUGCCUUCUCAGUCCUCCGAGAUGUUUUAAGUUAUUUUCAAUUACACUGACUAUUCUGGAAGACGAGCAGGCUUUGGCAGUUACUCUCAUGUCAACGGUGUGGUUAUACAGCAUAGGGGUGAUAUUUGGGUGAUGGCCCACAUGCCCAAAGAAACUUGUAAGCAGGUAGACAGCAUAAUAUUCAAAUAUGAAAUCUAGAAGAGCUUAAAAUAAGUCAAAUGUAUUUCAAGAGGCAAAAUGCAUCUUGUUGGAAUAUUUUAAAGCUUCUGAACACUAGAUAUUAAUCUUAAAAUUUUCCAUUUUAAUUUGACAUCUACGGACUUAACAAACUGUUUUAAUUACCUAAUUAUUUCUAAAUCACGAUUUGAAGGUUUAUUUACAGUUGAUCUAAUUAAAGCUGAUUAACAGAAAGCUUCAACUUACUCAUAACUUUCUGGUCAGGGAUGGCUGGGGGCACGAGGGAUGGACAGGACAGUUAAUAGAUAAGGAGAUUCAGUUUCUAUUAGUCUGUGUAGUUCAUUUGAUCUUAAGUAUACUUGAGUCAGUUAUUUUAAAGUCAUUAAUACAUAUCGUGCGUCUCUGCCACGCUAUAUGGAAGUUUGGCAGGGAAAGCUAACACAGUAAUGCUAGCUGAAUAAUCGUCAUUGUAAUCAAAAGAGCAAGUCAGGAGUAACAGCAUUUACACUUUGAGUGUAAUUGAAAUUGUUUCAGAGGAAUGGGAUUCGCCUUUAAGAAAAAUGGGAGUUAUCUGAGGCUGUGAUUUGGCAGGCCCUGCAAAGUAUAAUUCCAGGAGUAAUUUUUCAAGCAAAAACAAGACAGCCAGCAUGUGUGACACUGUGACACUUUUUCAUUGUUAUGCCAACUUGUACUGGCUCAGAGUUUAACUGAAAAGAACAGGUGUGUAUAUGUGUGUGCGAGAGAGACCGGGGGCCAUAGGGAUGGACGUAUGUCUGAAGCAACCUUAAAAAAACAGUCUAAUAUUUCCUAGUUAAUGCCAGCAUAUUACUGUGAUUGAGCAAGUGCCUAUUAGGGCAUAAGACUAGAAAAUCUGAUCAACUGAAGGGAGCAAUAUUUUAUUUGCUUUAAAUAUCUAAAUUAGGAGAAGGAUUUUGGUGCUACGGGGGAGAGUUAGCUGAACCACCUGGAUAACUGCCUCAUCUUCCUUUUACUGCAUAGAUGCCAUCUCACUGCUGACACAGGACAUGGGGUGUGAAUUACUACGGAAGGUCACCGGGCGUUGGCCUUGGGAGUGUGUCUGUGGUGCCCUAGGAAGCUCCCCUUGUCUGUGGUUAUGAAAUCUGGGUCAGAAGCCAGAUCCAGCACAUUUUUGCUUUGCCAUGAAUGCCAUUCUAAUUCUCUGAACCUCUAUAUCUUCAUGAUUAAAAUUGAGUUAAUUACUAUCCUGUCUGUUUUAAAGGCUUGUGAGAUGAUGGAGUGAAAAUGCUGUGUGAACUGGAAACCACUGUAAAAAUGUAAGGCAUUAUUAUGGAAAAUUAUGGAAAUUAUGUAAUAAGGUUGAUUAUAUUUAUUGUUAAGUGGUGAACACUGAUUUCUGUUUUUGGAAAUAUGCAUUAAGGGGGAAAAACAUGCAAUUAGUAUCCUA